UCAGAGAAAAAACAGAAUACAGAACAGCUGAACCAGCUCGGUCCUCAGACACGUCUUUAUCAAAACAAGAUGAAAAAGUUCCUGUUGUUGCUUCUCUUCUGUCACGUCUCAUCUCCAGUGAAACAUUCAGUGAAACAUUCACUGAAGAUUUUCUUCACUGGAUCUUCUGGAGUCUCAAACUUCCCAGAGUUUGCGGUUGCUGCAAUGAUUGAUGAACAUCUGGUGGGUUACUGCGACACCAACAAAAAGAUAGCAGAACCAAAACAGGACUGGAUGAAAACAUUUUUAGAAAACAAUCCUAAGCUUUGGGAAAUGUACACUGCACAGUGUUUUCAGGAUCAGCCUAACUUCUUUAAAGCCUGGAUUAAUCGCAUGAAGCAGAGCUUCAACCAAACUGGAGGUGUCCACAUUUUCCAGAGUAUGGCUGGCUGUGAGUGGGAUGAAGAGACUGAUGAGGACAAUGGUUUUAAUCAGUAUGGUUAUAAUGGAGAAGACUUCCUAGCUUUUGACCUGAAGACAUCGACAUGGAUCGCUCCGAAACCACAGGCUGUCAUCAUCAAACACAUAUGGAAUGCUGACAAAUCUAGAAUAAAACGCAUUGAGAGUUUCCUCACUGAGAUUUAUCCUGGAUGGCUGAAGAUGUUUGUGAACUACAGCAAGAUCUUUCUGCUGAGAAAAGAUCUUCCCUCAGUGUCUCUCCUCCAGAAGUCUCCCUCCUCUCCAGUCAGCUGCCACGCUGCAGGUUUCUACCCUGACAGAGCCAUGAUGUUCUGGAGGAAAGAUGGAGAGGAGCUUCAUGAGGACGUGGACCUCGGAGAGAUCCUCCCCAACCACGAUGGAUCCUUCCAGAUGAGUGUUGACCUGGACCUUUCAUCAGUCCCAGCUGAAGACUGGAGGAGGUACGACUGUGUGUUUCAUCUCUCUGGUGUGGAGGACGACAUCGUCACCAAACUGGACAAAGCAGAGAUCAGGACCAACUGGGAGGAGCCCAGUAACAUGACCAUCCCGAUUACUUCUGCACUGGUUGUUGUUGUGGUUGCUGCUGUUUUCAUUGCUGCUAUUGGAUUUGCGAUUUCCAAAAAGAAGAAAGCCAAUCGCCCUCCACCUGCUCCUGUCAACAGCGCUGAGCUCUCGGAGAAACUGAAUCCAGAAACAUGAUUGGCUAACACACCACCCUGCACCCUGUGACGUCUUGUGGGACAACACAACAGUAGGUGCUGUGAUGUGAUGUAUUAACACCUUUAGUUAAACAAGCUGCCUUAACCCUUAUAUGGUGUUAGGGUCAAAUUUGACCCAUUUUCAAGUUCAGAUGUGUAAAAAAUACAAUUUGCUUGUUUUUAUUGGAACAAGGCUUCAUGAUAUCCUCAGACAUGGCUAUUCUAAAACAACCAAAGUUGUUGUGAGAAUUUUGGUGAAUUGUAAAUGUCUCUAAAAAAGAGUAACAUAGACCUAUGUGGUGUUACGGGUCAAGAAAUAUUUUAUUAACAAAAUGUGUGUGUGCUUGUUGCAUAAGAGCUGUGUUAGUCAUUGAGGAAGUGGUUAAAUAUACUCUGGGUGACAUCUGAUGCACAGAAAGUUAAGCUCAAGUCAUAAAAAUAGCUAGAGGUGUUUAGUGUCUAGUGCCUGGGAAACUUAAAUGCUGUUUGUGAACCCACAGCUGUGUGUAACUUUCAUGCUGGACUCAGUAAACUUUGCUUAACUGAA